GGGAUGUCUUCUUGGCUUACAAAAAACAGAUACAGUCGUAUCACAGAAAGAAGGACAGAGAUAGUGUGGAUAAUCGUUUUAAAAACAGUUGAGUAGGCUAUACAGCACCAGAGACGUAACGAGAAGUUUGUGAUAAAUAAAAUUGUCGCGCAUUUACUUUGGAGAAAAUGGCUAAUGCUGAAAACAAAGGGGAAACUUUACCUCGUAGACACAAAUUUAAGGAUUUAUUACUUGGAGAGCAGGCAUGGCAAAACGAUGGCAAGGUGCAGGUUAAAUACGCCAGUGAGAACACCCUCAAAGAACGCCUCCAGUUGUUCUUUAUCAAGAACCAAAAAUCGAGUCUCAGGUUGCGAGUGUUUUAUUUUUCCCUCAAGCUGUUGAGCUGCAUAUUGUACAUAAGCCGAGUGCUUUACGACACCACACAGGAACAUGCAUGCUUGAAUUGUGAAUACAAAAAUUAUACCUUUCUUGAAAUAAACUGGGCAUCCAUAAUUUGGGUUGAACGAAGUGACGCGCUUUGGAGUGUACAGUUGUCUGUUGCCACCAUAUGUCUGUUGCAAAGAAUCCUACUGACGUAUUUAAACUAUAAGGGUAACAUAUGGCAGCAGGUUCUUCGAAUAACGUUUAUCUUGGAGAUGAUUGACACAGUGCCAUUUUUGAUUUCAAUUUUUUACAGACCACUUCAGAAUCUCUUCAUCCCAGUGUUUCUGAACUGCUGGCUGGCAAAACGUGCUCUGGAGAACAUGGUUAAUGACCUUCAUCGUGCUAUUCAUCGGACACAGACAGCCAUGUUCCAUCAGCUCCUCAUUCUCAUCUCCACCUUUCUGUGCCUUGUUUUUACUUCCAUCUGUGGAGUUGAACACUUGCAGCGAGCUGGAAAAAAAUGCAGUCUUUUCGACUCAUUGUACUUCUGCAUUGUAACCUUCUCUACGGUGGGCUUUGGAGACGUCGUCCCUGACAUCUGGCCCUCCAAGCUGCUGGUUGUUAUCAUGAUAUUUGUGGCUUUAAUGAUCCUCCCUAUCCAGUGUGAGCAGCUGGCUUUCUUGUGGAUGGAACGUCAGAAGUCAGGAGGGGAUUACAGCAGGCAAAGAACUAAAAACGAGAGACACGUGGUGCUGUGCGUCAGUUUACUCAAAACCAACCUGCUGAUGGAUUUCCUAAAUGAGUUCUAUGCCCACCCCGGGCUUGAGGACCACUACGUCAUCAUCCUAUGCCCAACAGAGAUGGACACAAAAGUAAGACAGAUACUGCAGAUCCCAAUGUGGUCACAUAGGGUCAUAUAUCUACAAGGCUCUGCUCUCAAAGACCAAGAUUUGAUCAGGGCAGAGCUGGAUAAAGCUGAGGCUUGUUUCAUUCUGACUAGCCGUUGUGAGGUGGACCGCAAUGCAGAAGAUCAUCAGACCAUUCUGCGGGCUUGGGCUGUGAAGGACUUUGCUCCUGCUUGUCCACUUUUUGUUCAGAUUCUCAAACCAGAAAACAAACUGCAUGUGAAAUUUGCAGAUCACAUUGUUUGUGAGGAGGAGUUUAAAUACGCCAUGCUGGCCCUGAACUGCAUCUGUCCCGCAACAUCCACCCUCAUCACCCUGCUGGUGCACACCUCACAAGGCCUAGAAGGUGAACACUCUCCUGACGACUGGCACACAAUUUAUGACAAAUGUUCAGGUAAUGAGGUGUACAACAUUGUUCUCAAAGACAGUGUCUUCUUUUCUGAGUAUGAAGGAAUGAGCUUUCCUUGUGCCUCCUUCCACGCUUAUCAAAAGUAUGGCAUCUGUCUUAUAGGAGUCUGUCCUGAGGAAACUAAGAGUAUUCUGCUGAAUCCUGGCCCUAAGCACACCAUGAAACCCUUAGACAUGUGCUUCUAUAUUAAUGUCACCAAAGAGGAGAACUCCAGCUUUAAGAUCGAGUCACUUCGCAAAAAGAUCCCCAAGAAUCACCUCCCCCUGAGCAGUAUUGUUACCAGUACCAUGGCCAUAGACAUCCAGGAUAUAGGCAGUCCAUCCGGUAUAGGUCCCUCUCUCUCAACUGAACCUUUAACAUCUGAGCACAAAAGGCCAACCAAAGCUGCUCUAGACAACCCACAUCCAACUACCUUUCAGACAGACGACCUGCCCAGAGAUCAGUCAAAGAAUCUGAGUCGAACUGUCAAAGGAGAUGAAUGCAGUGAAAGCUGUUACAUCAGGGGGUAUCCCCCAAAUAUGCCCUACAUUGGAAGUUCACAGACGCUUUGCCAUUUACGGAAAGAAAAAAUGUCUAAAUGUUGUAUGCAGCUGGUCAAGUUUCUGUCUAAGACUUGCAACCACAAAGACGAUGAUGAUGAUGUCAAAGCGUAUGAUUUGAAGAAUAAGCUCAUCAUUGUGUCUGCCGAGACAGCCGGAAACGGCUUGUGCAACUUCAUCUACCCAUUACGAGCCUCAUACAGAGCACAGAAUGAGCUCUACCCCAUUGUGCUACUCUUGGAACAUGAGCCAGAUGAAGAUUUUCUAGACACUGUUUGUUGGUUCCCAAUGAUCUAUUACCUGGUUGGAUCAAUUGAUAACCUGGAUGACCUGUUGCGUUGUGGCAUCUCCUUUGCGGCUAAUAUGGUGGUGGUAGACAAGGAAAGCACCAUGAGUGCCAAGGAAGACUAUAUGGCUGAUGCAAAAACCAUUGUUAAUGUUCAAACCCUAUUCAGGUUAUUCUCUGGCCUCAACAUCAUCACUGAGCUCACCCACCCUGCUAACAUGAGAUUUAUGCAGUUCAGCGUGAAGGACUGUUACUCAUUAGCAUUCUCAAAACUAGAGAAGAAAGAAAGAGAGAAAGGCACAAACUUAUCCUUCAUGUUUCGCCUGCCUUUUGCGGCGGGUAGGGUGUUCAGUGUUGGCAUGCUGGACACACUCUUGUACCAGUCUUUUGUCAAAGACUACAUGAUAACCAUCACAAAGCUCCUCCUUGGACUGGAAACUAUACCAAGAUCUGGAUAUCUUUGUGUUAUGCACAUGACAGAGGAGGACUUGUGCAUUCAUACAUAUGGCAGACUCUACCAAACACUGUGCUCCACCACUGGAGACAUUCCCAUCGGCAUCUACAGGACCGAAUCUCAGACAGUUGAACCUCCUGAGACUCCACGUUCCCAGCUGUCAGUUAAUGUGGCAGACUUUGAGGAGGUUAGAGACCAGGAGGAGCAGGGGUUUCGGAGAAAGAGCAUGUGGUGGCCUUCACAGUUUUUGGGUCCGGGGCACGCUGAGCGCGAUGUUGAGAGAAGCAGCCAGCAGCAAGGUCUUCUGCUUUCACUCACAGAGAGACAGGAGCUUACAAAGCUGGUCAAGAAGCGCAUGGAAAACCUGGGGCUUUCCACAGGUGGAUUGGUGCUGAAUGAAAACCAGACUAGCCACUCUUAUGUCCUUAUCAACCCAUCUCCAGAUACAAAACUAGAGCGAAACGACAUCGUAUAUAUAAUCCGCAAAGACCAUCUCUCAGGGCUAAACAAUGCCAACAGCAUAAAGAAGGCAGAAAGAGGCAGACGGACAGGAGAGGAAAACAAAGUUGGAGAAUCACCUCUGAAUAAAGAUCAGACUCACUUGUCUUGUUCUGCAAUAUAAGCAAGGAUAACAUAAUGCUUAACUUAAGCGAUGAAAGCCAUUUUAGCAAACCUUUAAAGAUUGCGUAUCACAGGAAGUUUCUGCCAAACUCAUAUUAAUCUUGAGUGCCUAUACAGUAGUAUUGCAUACGUCAUAUCUUCGAAGAGUAUUUAGUUUGAUCAAAUAUAUAAAAGAGAUAUACAGCUGUACGAUUAUUUCCGGAAAAACACGAGCUGCUAGAGGUGGGACUAGUGGGGAGAGUGGGAUGGAACUACAGCACGAGCAAGCAACACAUCAUCACAUCAAUUAUGCACGUACACACCGAUUGCCAACAAAACACAGACGUAUGACUUAGUUUGGCUUACCGCUUGCAGUUCAUGUCCGGCAUCUUUUAGCAUAAACGAUUUCCAGAUCCAGCGUUAUAUUCACCAUUUAUAUAACAUCCAUCACUGAAAUGCCGUGAACAAACAGACACACCUAAACUUAAGCAGCCCAUCUUGACGCAUCGCAGAUAACCUUGAUGGUAAGCGGGUCUCGCUCGUCGGUUGGCUCGUUUCGCCUUUGUCUUGCCAUGCUUUUCUGGGAGAAUGACAAUAAAAGGAAUAGGAUCCCUGUGAUGACACAAGGAUCCAGUAUUAGAAAAAACUUUCCGAAACAAUUUGGAGUGCUGGGCGAGUGUAUCAAGUACUUAAAUACUACUUCAUACGUCCAACUCGUUUUUGAUAUUUAUUAAGCACAGUUGACCAUGUUAAGCAUGAGAAGCCAGCACGUUUAACAGUGUAAAGAAGUCAGAUUGCAUGACAUAGCAUGAUAGCUCUGCUUUAAUGGAACGGUACUACAAUAACGGCGGCGUAAUAUUAUUAGAUAUUUAUUAAGCACAGUGGCAUCCAAACUCAAACAUGACCAGACUAAGAAAAAGUCAGGUGGAUAAUAAAUAAAAAAACAAUGAAGGCAAAUAUGAGGUAGAGGACCGCAAACUGGAUAGAAAUUGUUAUUCGAUUUUAGGUAGAAUUAAAAUGCAACAACAUUUUUAUAUAUGUAGUAAUUCAAAGAACUACUGUAUGAUAAACUGUGUAGAAUUAAAAAUAUUACUUUCCUAUUUGAGUCGUUGUAUAUACAGUAUUUAUUUUAUUCAACAGCUCUUGUCCUCUAUGAUUCAACAAGAGUCGUUUCCUGUAUUUAAUACAUUAUAUAUCAGUUUUUGCUCAUUUUCAUCGUGUUCCAGUAAUCCUGGAGCUGACAUUAUGUCUAGAAGUACAGUCUAACUUUUCAGUACAGAAUUUUUUGUCCUUUUAUCAUUACUAUUUAUUUCGAGGUUUGCAUAGCAAAUUUUAAAUUUGUUGUGAUGUGUUAAAUGUUUUCAACAUUUAUUGAAUGCUGAUGAACAUGUUUACAG